AUGGAAGAAUCUCUUGGUACUGCGUGGAGGAAAAUUGCUAUUACGCCUGAACAAGCACUUGCUUGUGCAACUACCUGUGCUACUAUAACCCGCAAGAUUGCCGAACAAAGGGCAAAGGUAGUUGAAGACUUGCUGACCGCUUUGAGUGGGAUAGAAACAGUGGAAGAAAGGGACUUGCUCUUAAUGGUUUGGUACAACAAGACAGAACUCAGGCAACGGUUCUUAGCUUUAAUGGAGGAGAAGCAGCCGUUGUACGCGUCCGCCGUGCAGGAGAAAGCACCUCAAUUGGUACUCGUGGCCAGCAAAAGCUAA